UCCGGAAGUGAGUCCAGAGUAAAGACUGAAGUCCUCUUUUUGCACUUUAUGUUCAUGUCACCAUGUUUCUCAGCUCUCCUUCAGUGAUGAACAGGCUCAAGGCUGUUUCCCGCCAUUUGUCAUCGUCACGCGCGGAAUUUCAGCCUUGCAGCGCGCGCGCUCCAGCUGACCCUCAAGAUGUGGUGAUCGUUCACGGUUUACGGACUGCUAUAGGGAGGGCCAAGAAAGGCUCGUUCAAGGACACGACCCCAGACGAGCUGCUGAGUGCAGUGAUGACAGCGGUGCUGAGGGACGUGGGACUGUCCCCGGAUAAACUCGGGGACGUGUGUGUUGGUAAUGUGUUACAGCCGGGUGCAGGAGCUGUGAUGGCCCGGAUUGCACAAUUCAUCAGUGGCUUUCCAGAAACGGUGCCUGUGUACACGGUAAACCGUCAGUGUUCGUCUGGACUGCAAGCGCUUCUUAACAUCGCAGGUGGUAUCAGGAAUGGGUUUCAUGACCUGGGCCUUGCAUGUGGGGUGGAGAGCAUGUCUCUGCGUUCUGUUGGAAACCCGGGAGAUCUCAGCUCCAGACUGAUGGACAAUGAAAAGGCCAGAGAGUGUCUCAUUCCCAUGGGAAUCACUUCAGAGAAUGUUGCAGAGAGAUACGGAGUCACUAGAGAGAAGCAGGAUUCAUUUGCUUGCAGCUCUCAGCACAAGGCAGCUCAGGCUCAGAAACAGGGUCUAUUCGAGCAGGAGAUUGUUCCAGUUACCACCAAGUUUGUGGAAGAGAACGGGACCGAGCGCACAAUCACGGUCACCAAGGACGACGGCAUCCGGCCAGGCACCACCAUGGCGGGUCUGGCCAAACUGCGCCCUGCAUUCAAGGAGGAUGGCAGCACCACGGCAGGUAAUUCCAGUCAGGUGAGUGAUGGAGCAGCAGCUGUUUUGAUGGGUCGCAGGUCUGCGGUAGAGGCUCUUGGUCUGCCGGUGUUAGGCAUUUUGAGAGGUGGUGCCGUGGUGGGCGUUCCUCCAGACGUGAUGGGCAUCGGGCCAGCCUACGCCAUUCCAGCCGCCCUGGAGAAGGCAGGUUUGACUGUCAAUGAUGUUGAUGUCUUUGAGAUCAAUGAAGCCUUUGCUAGUCAGGCGGUUUACUGUGUAGAGAAAUUAGGCAUCCCAAUGGAGAAAGUAAACCCCAGUGGUGGUGCCAUCGCUCUGGGUCACCCGCUGGGCUGCACAGGAGCUCGCCAGGUCGUGACCUUACUCAACGAACUCAAACGCAGGGGCAGGAGAGCCUACGGCGUGGUGUCCAUGUGCAUCGGAACUGGCAUGGGAGCCGCUGCAGUCUUUGAGUAUCCUGGACCUUGAAGAAGAUCGCAGUCCGAUACAGCAAGAUGAGAAGCUUCUAAAAGAAGCAUGUUGAUUCCGUUGUGAUCAUGGGGAACGUGUGGAAUUUGCGAACUCUAAUUAAACACUAAUGUAAGAAUUAAGCUCCUGCUUUAGUCAGAGUGAAGACUGAAUUAUGAUGAAUUUACAGCAGAGGCUUGGUCUCUAAAUAAAUGGUGAUCAGUAAAGUAAAGUUUGUAAUGCUUAAAGGAGGAGUUAAGAGUAGGAGGAAAAACAAAAACUAACAAAUAAUGGAAGUCUAGGACAGGGCAGCCAUCUUGGACACCCAGAAGCAAUUUUCCUUAGUCUACUGUAGCCUAAAUAAUUUACAGCCUAAAAACUGCCGUAAUUUGGGAAAUGUCUGCGUUACCUACUGCAUUACCAUGUGACCUGCAAACAUGAUUAUGUUUGAAGAGACGAGUAGAAGUUAGGCUUAUGAGACCAAUGAAUGUAUGCUUGUGCUGGAAGGCUCUGAAGAUAAGUAUUGACAGACACGAUUUUGGGUGAGAUAGACUUCUGUUACUUGUUAACUAACUAUUUAAAAUUGCCCCUCUGGGAUCAAUAAAAGUCCAUUCAUUCAUUCAUCCAUCCACCCCUCCAACCGUCUGGUCGUCCAUCCAUCCAUAAUAAUACCCUCUCUAAUGACCUCAGAUCAGUGACUCUUCAGGUAAAAGCGAAUAUUCCGUAUAGUGAAAAUUCUCAAACAAGACUGAAAUAUUGAUAAGAUGUUAAUAAUCAUUUGAGAAGCUUCUUUGCUUUGUCAUCAGUGUAAGGAUUACAGAGAAUUAAACAUGGAUCCUAUCUGACUGACUUUCAAUUGUUCUAUAAGUAAAAGUAGCAUCAUUUUCUAAUAAAUAACAAUAAAGAUAAAACUGUCA